AGGACUACUUGCCCUCAGACACUCAAGCCUCAGUCAUCUCGUCUAGAUUGUUGCAAUCUAAUUUACAUUGGGCUACAUGAAAGCUUCCACUGGUACAAAAUGUGGCAGCACAAGAAGUCUUUGGAGGCCCCUGGAUGCUUUGCAAACUGCAUUGACUGCUGGUUUGCUUCCGGGUGCAGUUCAAAGUGUUCAUUAUGACUUUUAAAACCCUCCCAUGGCAUAGGACCAGACUACUUGGUUGAAGCAUCUUGUCUUGCUAAGACAACUCUGUCCUACUCAUGCUAGCAGAGGAAGCCCAUUGAUGACCCCAUUGUCAAGAAACUCCAGAGAAGGUCCAGAAGAAGAGUCUUCUCUGCUGCAGUGCUGGACUUCUGGAACCUUUUCCAUCCUAGGGUGAGAUUUGUCCCCACUCUCCUAUCCUUCUGAAACAGCCUGACGACCUGGCCCUGCCAGAUGACCUGGGCACUCAACAGGAGUGUACAUCAUUGAAGCGUAUUAGAAAGCUAUGAAUAACUACAAUCACAGUCUAAUUACAAUGAUUGAAAAUAGCCAUCCUGAAGAAUACCGAAUUUCAUCACUCGUCUUCUACAGCUUCAUUUUUACAACUGGGUUAAUUGUAAACAUUACAGCUCUCUGGGUCUUCAGCUGUACCACCAAGAAGAAAACAACAAUAACUAUCUACAUGAUGAAUGUUGCGUUGCUUGACUUGUUGCUUAUAUUCACCUUGCCUUUUCGAAUGCAUUAUUAUGGGAUACGCUCUUGGAUCUUUGGAGAUGUCUUCUGCCGGGUUCUUAGUGCUUUCACUAUUUUUUAUCCCAGCAUUGCAAUAUGGCUGUUAGCUUUUAUAAGCAUUGAUAGAUGUCUGGCUAUAGUUCAACCGAAAUAUGCCAAGGAACUCAAGAACACAAACAAAGCUCUGAUGGCUUGCACAACACUUUGGAUCAUAACUCUUGUGACAACUUCUCCACUGCUUUUCUUAUAUUCUGAUCCAGACAAAACUUCAAAUUUCACUAGCUGCACAAAGAUGAUGGAUAUUAUCUACCUAAAGGAAGUCAAUGUAUUAAAUUUUUGUCGGUUAAUAUUUUUUUUCUUGAUUCCUAUAUUUAACAUGCUUGGUUGUUAUCUAGUCAUUAUUUAUAGCAUAAUUCGUGGAAGAAUUUCCAAGCUGAAACCAAAGGCUAAAGAAAGAUCGAUCAGAAUCAUUGUAACACUAAUUAUCCAAGUGCUUGUAUGUUUUGUGCCUUUUCAUAUUUGUUUUACAUUUCUGAUGCUCCAAAAUGGAGACGUAAGCUACAACCCUUGGGGAGCAUUUACCACCUUCCUCAUGAACCUCAGCACAUGUCUAGACAUAAUCCUUUACUACCUAGUUUCUAAGCAAUUUCAGGCCCGAGUUAUCAGUGUUAUGCUUUAUCGUAAUUAUCUUCGAAGUGUUCGGAGAAAAAGUAUGCGAUCUAGUAGUGUGCAUUCAUUAAGUAAUAUUAACAGUGAGAUCAUAUAA